AUGUCCGAAAAACACAGUGUGCAUACUUCCUCUUCUCAAGAGCUAUCAGAAGAAUUAUCUGAAGAAUUCUCUCAAGAGUUAUCUCAAGAGUUAUCUGAAGAAUUAUCAGAAGAAUUCUCUGAAGAAUCAUCUCAAGAGUUAUCUCAAGAAUUAUCCCAGGAAGAUUCUUCCUCUACAAUCGAAUUUAUCUCUACUGAAAUCACCGAUACUGAUCAAGUUAUUGUUACUUCAUCAACCAAGGAAGUACCUAUUCUUGUCGAAUCUAUUACGGAACGUUUAUUACUAUCUCCUCUUCCUCCUAAUCAUCCUUCGACUAUUGCCAACAAUUCUGUUUCCGUGAUAAGCUAUUCUGAUAGCUAUCCGGAAGGGACUGUUCAUCAUAAGAAAGGAGCUACCGACGAAUUAAUUAAUCCUUCGAAUCAAUCGUUUCAUAAUUUUUUUUCUUAUAAUCCUGCUUUAUACGACGAUUCUAUCCAAUUAUUGAAUUCAUCAAAGAAUUCCUCUUCUUCAAUGUCUCAUCUACAAAAUCUUAAUUUUGAUGUUAUAUACGUUACCGGCUGGGAUGAUAAUUAUCAUCCUCGUCAGCUAUUACCAAAUGAUAAUAAUACUGAUGUUAAUGGUACUAAACAUGGCAAAGGAUGGCAAUCAAAAAGACGUUGUACAUAUCCUCAAGAAAUCAUAUUACGAGUAACCGAUGGGACUGCCCGUGUUCGUAAACUACAGAUAUUAUCACAUCAUUACAAAAUUGCUUCAAAAUUAGAAAUAUAUAUAGGCUCAAUACAACAAAAAGUAUCAUCAAAUACUAGCGAUAGUGAUGAUAGUAUUGAUGAAAAACGGACUUUUUCUUGGGAUAAAUUACCAAAAAUUAUUGAUACUGAUGGAAUAAAUUCUGUGGAUGGUGAAAUUGAGGAUGAUUAUGUAACUGAUGAUUAUGAUCUCAUAAAAUCAAAUAGUAAUGAACGAGCUAAUUACAAAGCCAGAGAAUUAAAAUCUGUAAAACUUGACGCCGAAGGACAAUUCAUCAGAUUGGUCGCUCGAA